AUGGAUAGAGAAGAGAAUAAUAAUCACGGGUUUCCCAAAAAACUAUACAAAAACCAGUUACAAUUCAUCAAAGACGGUAUCGAAACCAUAAACACGAACUCCUGUGGAAUAUUUAGUUCACCAACCGGUACAGGUAAGACGAUUUCUCUUCUUAUCAUCAGUAUAAACUACAUGAAUAAGACUGAAGACGAUUUAUUUGAUUUGCUAAGGAAUUCAAAUAAGACCAAAAUUUAUUAUUGCAGUAGAACGCAUAGCCAACUUAAUCAGGUUAUGGAAGAACUCAAUACAAACAGCAACCUGUACAAAUCAACAAUUCUUGGUUCAAGGAAGCUAUAUUGCAUUAACAAGAAUGUUGAUAAAACCAAAGAUAUUGAGGAAAUAAACGAGGCAUGUUUCAGUUUGAUCAAGAAAGACGCCUGUGAGUAUUUCAAGAACAAUGAUUUCUAUCAAAUGCAAAACAGCAACAUCGUAGACAUGAAGAACAAAGGGAAAUGUGAGACAUUUUGUCCAUAUUACUAUACAAAAAACAGAGCUAGUGAAUGUGAAAUGGUUUUGUUACCUUACAAUUUAUUGUUCACACCAGAAGGAAGAAAUAGCAUUGAUUUGGAUUUAGAAGACAAGAUACUAAUUGUUGAUGAGGCACAUAAUAUUUAUGAGACGGUUAUCGACUUGAAUACAGUAGAAAUAAGCUAUCAUGAAAUAAAGAAAGCACUCUAUACCAGGGGAAUAAAUCAAGAAAUCACAGAAAUAUUGACCAAAAUAAUCAAAUUCAGAGAAAUACAUCAGGGUGACAUUACAAUGCUGGUUAAUGAUUAUAUUUUAGAAGCAAACCUAGAGAAACACAACAUGAUUGAAGUUGAUGAAUUCAUUAAAGAGAACAAACUAGCACAGAAGAAUGAAAACAUGAAAUUAUUUCACAUCAGCAAAUUUAUCAAAUUGCUAACGUAUAGUGAUUCAAAUGGACUGAUAAUACACAACAGAAACACAAUCAAGUUCACGUGUUUGAAUCCAGCACUAUAUUUUGAUGAACUAAAAAGAUGCAGGUCACUGCUAUUUGCAGGAGGAACAAUGGAACCAACAGAUCAACUGAUCAAUAUCUUCAAAAAGCAUAAACAGAUCAAGUCAUUCAAUUAUUAUACCAAAAACAGGAAGAUACUGCCAAUAAUUCUGGAGAAAACAAUUGACAAUCAAUCCAUUCUGUUAACUUAUGAAAAUAGAAACCAUCUGAUUGAAUCAGUGAUAAAAACAAUCAAAGCACUUACAUCAGUAGUGAAAAUGGGUGGUACAGUGAUAUUUGUACCAUCAAUAUUGGAUUUAUUCAAGAUUUGCCUGAAGAAUAUCAGUUUCGAUAAACCGAUAUAUUUCGAGGAGGAUUUUAAUCAAUUUGAGAAGAAUCCACAGAUAUUAAUAGCAGUUUUAGGAGGCAAAUACAGCGAAGGAAUCAACUUCAAGGACGAAAUGUGCAGACUUUUGAUUGUUGUAGGUGUUCCAUUUCCCGCCAAAUCACCCGAAUAUCUUGAAAGAUGCAAACAUGACAAAGAAUAUGCUGUGAAUACAGCAAUGAAGAAAGUAAACCAGGCCAUUGGUAGAUCCAUUAGAGACAACGAUGAUUAUUCUGUAGUUGUUUUAAUGGAUUCCAGGUACAGCCAAUUAAAACACAAAUUGAGUGGAUGGGUCUCAGAGAAAUUGGAGACCAAGAACACGUGCAUGGCAAUUGACUCGAUUAUUAAAUUUUUAGGCUAA